UCCUACACAAGACAAGACAAAACCCGGGCCUCCGCCGCAGGGAGCUGGGGAAGCACUGCCCUGGGACCCCCCACCCCGGGGUCCCCUCCGGGCAGGAACCCGGAGAGCCGGAGACCGCAUCGCAGGCGGGCACCGCGCGACUCUAGGGAGCAAGCAAGUCGGAGGCAGCUGGGGGCAGGGUCUGGGGUCGCGGCGGAAGCGCUGGGUGGGCGGAGCUUCCUGCGCACGCCCACUGCGCACGCGCGCGUCGGUCCCUGACGUCACGUCCGGCGGCCGGGGUGGCGGCAGCGUGGGGUCGGGGCUCCGGGGCUGGCCGGGUGCGGGCAGGUUUCCCGGCUGCCUCCCCGCGCCGGGUGGGCCGCGCCCCUCGCUUGCUGGCCCCCGCGGUGCCCGCCGGCCAGUCAGCGCGCCCGGCCGGGUUUCCGCUGCCUCCCCGGGACCUCUCAGUGUCAACCCGUGUGUGCUCCCACUCCUGGAGGUGAAGCAUACCUGGUGGGGACAGCGGGACCGACCGUCUCGGGCCGAAUGGCUUUACCUUUCCCGUCGGGCGGACUCUCACGGCGGGAGGUGUAAUGGACAGUAUUUCCUCCAAAAGGGCCUUUGCCUUAGUAGUGCAGUCUAGAAUGGCUGUCCUCAGGCACCAGGACCUUCUGGAUGUGCAGCUGUUUGAAUGCUUUUAAAAAAUAAAUCUUCAAACUCAUUUUGCAUGUCAGUGAGUUAGUCGUUUUUGUUUUUUAAACAUCUGAUCGGUCGUCAAAGCUCAGAGAUCUUUAGAAUUGCUUUUCCUAAACGGAUCCUAAUCUUUCUUGUAUCCGAAUCGGUUCAGAGGAUAUCUGUUCUGCAACGAAGAAACCCCUUCCUGGUCACUGGGGACGUCUAAAGACUUUAAUUUCUGAAGACUUACUCUUUUUUGUACCAGCAUUUUAAGCAAUUGGAAUGAAACAUGACUGAGGACUCUCAGAGAAACUUUCGUUCAGUAUAUUAUGAGAAAGUGGGGUUUCGAGGAGUUGAAGAAAAGAAAUCACUGGAAAUCCUUCUAAAAGAUGAUCGUCUGGAUACUGAGAAACUUUGUACUUUCAGCCAGAGGUUCCCUCUCCCAUCCAUGUACCGAGCAUUGGUAUGGAAGGUGCUUCUAGGGAUCCUGCCUCCACACCAUGAGUCCCAUGCCCAGGUGAUGAUGUACCGCAAGGAACAGUACUCUGAUGUCCUUCACGCUCUGAAAGUCGUUCGCUUCGUCAGUGACGCCACGCCUCAGGUUGAAGUCUAUCUCCGCAUGUAUCAGCUGGAGUGUGGGAAGUUGCCUCGAAGCCCCUCUUUCCCACUGCCAAAGGCUUUUGAACAAUACUUGAAUCUGGAAGACAGCAGACUGCUGAGUCAUCUGAGGACAUGUUCUGCAGUGUCCAGACUUCCUUAUGAACUCUGGUUCAAGAGGUGCUUCGCAGGAUGCCUGCCCGAAUCCAGUUUACAGAGGGUUUGGGAUAAAGUUGUAAGUGGAUCCUGUAAAAUCCUAGUUUUUGUAGCUGUGGAAAUUUUAUUAACUUUUAAAAUAAAAGUAAUGGCUCUGAACAGUGCGGAGAAGAUAACCAAAUUUCUGGAAAAUAUUCCCCAGGACAGCUCGGAUGCCAUCGUGAGCAAGGCCAUCGACUUGUGGCACAAGCACUGUGGGACCCCGGUACACUCAGCCUGAGCGCUCCUGACGACUGUGGACGGUCUGCCCCCUGGGCUCUUGGUCCUGUCACCUAGUCUACUGCACUGACUGAAAGGGUCGUCUUGCUGUGUUGCUCCAAGUGUCAUUUUUUCCCCCAGUAAAAUAAUUUAAUGAAAAUACCUGGCGUGGCUGUGUUGUGGAGCAGCAUCUUCAGGUUCCUGAAGUGCACAGUUCACUUCAGAAAAGUGUUUUUAGAGGGUUGUUAGGAAACGGCUCCCAGUUCUUGAAGCGGUCCUAU